AUGUAUCAUGACUGCAAUUCCCACAAUGGUGUCGAUACAAAUGGGGCCAUGAACUCACGAUCAUCUUCUUUUUCUGUGCCAUCAGCGCGCCUCCACCAACGUCCUUCUUUCUCUCAUCGCAUAUCCUUUGCCGUCUCAAGUGCUGAACAAGGCGAGGCUACCAAUGUGCCGAAUGUCGCAGAACGUCAGAUAGAUGAGGAAAUCGAGGAAAUCAAACGUUAUGAGGAUUUCACGACUAUAGAUUGGGUUCAAGAUGCGGCGAAAGAACAAAUACGAAGGAAAGUUCGAAAGAGAGAAACUGCGGGUUUCUUCGAAAGAGGUGGACAUGCGGGUUGGAGAUACAAAUUAUGGGAAUCUUAUGAUGCGGCGCAAGCCUGGAUUGUAGUUACUAUUAUAGGCGCUGCAAUUGGUCUUAAUGCUGCAUUUUUGAAUAUAAUCACGGAAUGGCUCUCAGAUAUUAAGUUGGGAUAUUGCAAGACUGGAUUCUACCUCAACGAGAGCUUUUGUUGCUGGGGAGAAGAUACAGGAUGUGAUGAUUGGCAUAGGUGGAGCUCUUUCCCACCAGUCAAUUAUGUGAUCUAUACUUUAUUCGCUACGAUAUUCGCAUUAACUUCAGCAAGUCUCGUAAGAUCAUUCGCCCCUUAUGCAGCUGGAUCUGGAAUUUCUGAAAUAAAAUGCAUCAUUGCUGGGUUUGUCAUGAAAGGAUUUCUUGGAUUCUGGACUUUGAUCAUUAAAUCAAUUGCACUCCCUCUGGCAAUUGCAUCUGGCUUAUCAGUAGGUAAAGAAGGACCAAGUGUUCAUUAUGCAGUAUGUACCGGCAAUGUCAUCUCCAGACUUUUCGAAAAAUAUAAACGAAAUGCCUCCAAAACUCGAGAAAUUCUAAGUGCUUGUGCAGCAGCUGGUGUUGCAGUGGCAUUUGGUAGCCCAAUAGGGGGUGUUCUGUUUUCCCUCGAAGAGAUGUCCUCAUAUUUUCCUCUGAAGACUAUGUGGCGAAGUUAUUUCUGCGCAUUGGUUGCAACAGCUGUUCUUGCAGCAAUGAACCCAUUCCGAACAGGCCAACUUGUCAUGUUUCAAGUUCAUUAUGAUCGUGAAUGGCAUUUUUUCGAGGUAAUUUUCUACAUCAUAUUAGGUAUAUUUGGUGGACUUUAUGGAGCAUUUAUGAUCAAGUGGAAUCUAAGAGCACAAGCAUUUCGAAAGAAGCAUCUCACCAAGUAUGCAAUACUCGAAGCGACUUUACUUGCGACUGGAACCGCUCUGAUUUGCUAUCCGAACAUGUUUUUACGAAUCGAUAUGACCGAGAGUAUGGAGAUUUUGUUUUUGGAAUGUGAAGGUGCGGAGGAUUACAAUGGACUUUGUGAUAAAGAGAACCGAUGGAAAAUGGUCUUUUCAUUGACUUUGGCAACAAUCAUUCGAAUGUUUCUCGUAAUCAUCUCAUAUGGAUGCAAAGUUCCAGCUGGAAUUUUCGUCCCAUCCAUGGCAAUUGGAGCAUCCUUUGGUCGUACUAUCGGUAUUCUCGUCCAGGCGAUUCAUGAAGCAUAUCCCGCCUCCGUAUUUUUUGCUGCAUGUCAACCCGAUGUGCCUUGUAUCACACCAGGAACAUAUGCAUUCCUUGGUGCAGCUGCUGCUUUGAGUGGAAUCAUGCACAUUACUGUCUCCGUCGUCGUUAUUAUGUUCGAGCUUACAGGUGCAACAACCUAUAUCCUUCCAACUAUGAUUGUUGUUGGGGUAACGAAAGCCGUCUCUGAAUUCUUUGGAAAGGGUGGUAUAGCGGAUCGCAUGAUUUGGUUCAACGGUUUUCCUUUCCUCGACAAUAAAGAGGAGCAUACUUUCGGUGUGCCAGUAUCUCAAGUCAUGACAGGCGAUGUGGUCAUUUUGCCGACAACUGGCUAUACAAUGAGGCAUCUGGAAAAGUUGCUCCUUGAAGAUCGAUACCAAGGAUUCCCAAUCGUUGAAGAUCGUGUUUCAAAGAUUUUAGUCGGAUACAUUGGCCGGACAGAAUUAAGAUACGCAAUCGAUCGUGUUAAACGAGAUAGAACGAUCUCUCCUUCGGCAAAAUGCUAUUUUUCGCCUCCGAACAACAAUUUAACUCAGGAUCCCGUGACUCCCACCACACCAGCAGCCUCUAUAACAUUCGAAGGCAUGGCAUCAUCAUCGGUCGAUUUCAGUCGCUUCAUAGAUUCUACGCCUGUCACAGUCCAUCCUCGAUUACCAUUGGAAACCGUCAUGGAAUUAUUCCAAAAGAUUGGACCUCGAGUGAUUUUAAUCGAAUACCAUGGAAAACUAGAAGGCCUAGUAACUGUCAAAGACGUCCUGAAAUACCAAUUCAAAGUGGAGGCCAACGAAGGAUUUAGAGAAGAACGAAGUCCCGUUUUAUCAAACAAUGAAGAAAGGCUGUGGGGUGUAAUGAGAAGUGUGGGAACUUGGGUGGGUAAUAAAGUACAUAGUGCUAGUGGUGGAAGAAUUAGACUUGCAAGUGGAGAGACGAUAGGAAGGAGAGGGAGCCCGAGGUUCCCGCAAGAUCAUAGAAAUGAACAUGUAAUGGAAGGGACAGAAGACGAAUUUGAUGAUGGAGUUGAAUUAGAGGAUCGAUAA